GCGCGGCGUUGACUGCUGGCGGCGCCGAGCUGGGAGGGGACGCGGAGGCGGGAGCGCUGCAGGCGGGAGGAGGAGCAAAGGUGUUGGAGAGAAAACUUCGGAAAGGAACAGGAAACCUGCCGGGGGAGCAGCGGCGGCGGCUUCUCCAGGCGCCCAGGCCGCGCGCAUCGCGGUGUCCACCGCUGCGGCUUCGCUCCCGGCGGGCUCCCCCGGCGCGGGGCCACUGCGCGCCCCAUCCCUCGGGGCCGGGGCCGCGCUCUCCGCCGCACCCUCGACGCUGCAGCCUGGCGCUCCAUUGCGCGUCUGCGGCGGCGGCUCCACGAAUAGAGGACCGCCGGCUGGCGCGCAGCGAAGCGGAGGGACGUCUGCUUUGGAGCAUGAAGCAGCAUGUCUGAUAAAAUGUCCAGCUUCCUCUACAUCGGGGACAUCGUGUCCCUGUACGCAGAGGGCUCGGUCAACGGCUUCAUCAGCACGCUGGGGUUAGUGGAUGACAGAUGUGUGGUCCAUCCAGAGGCUGGAGACCUUGCCAACCCUCCCAAGAAGUUCAGAGACUGCCUCUUCAAGGUGUGCCCUAUGAACCGAUAUUCUGCCCAGAAACAGUACUGGAAAGCUAAGCAGGCCAAACAAGGGAACCAUACAGAAGCGGCCUUGUUGAAGAAAUUACAGCAUGCUGCAGAACUGGAACAAAAACAAAAUGAAUCUGAAAAUAAGAAACUAUUGGGAGAAAUUGUGAAAUACAGUAAUGUCAUACAACUACUGCAUAUAAAAAGCAACAAGUACCUGACUGUCAACAAGAGGCUGCCUGCCCUCCUGGAGAAGAAUGCCAUGCGUGUGUCCUUGGAUGCAGCUGGGAACGAAGGGUCUUGGUUUUACAUUCAUCCCUUCUGGAAGCUGCGGAGCGAGGGCGACAAUAUUGUUGUAGGAGAUAAAGUUGUUUUGAUGCCUGUGAAUGCAGGACAGCCUCUACAUGCCAGCAACAUCGAGCUUCUGGAUAAUCCAGGGUGCAAAGAGGUGAAUGCUGUUAAUUGCAACACUAGCUGGAAAAUCACAUUAUUCAUGAAAUAUAGUUCCUAUCGAGAAGACGUGCUAAAAGGAGGCGACGUUGUUAGGUUGUUUCAUGCUGAGCAAGAGAAGUUUCUGACUUGCGAUGAAUAUGAGAAAAAGCAGCACAUUUUUCUUCGCACCACCUUGCGCCAGUCAGCUACUUCUGCCACGAGUUCCAAAGCACUCUGGGAAAUAGAGGUUGUUCAUCACGACCCCUGCCGUGGGGGUGCAGGACAGUGGAACAGCUUGUUCAGAUUCAAACAUCUGGCCACUGGAAACUACUUAGCAGCAGAGCUUAAUCCUGAUUAUCGAGAUGCCCAAAAUGAAGGGAAAAGCGUGAGAGAGGGAGAUCUUCCAACUUCAAAGAAGAAACGCCCGGCAGGGGAGAAGAUCAUGUACACUCUGGUCUCAGUCCCACAUGGGAAUGACAUUGCAUCCCUUUUUGAACUGGAUGCCACAACUCUUCAGAGAGCUGAUUGCCUGGUUCCAAGGAACUCAUAUGUUCGGUUAAGACAUUUAUGUACCAAUACAUGGGUAACCAGUACGAGUAUCCCCAUAGACACAGAUGAAGAGAGACCUGUUAUGUUGAAGAUUGGAACUUGCCAAACAAAAGAGGACAAAGAAGCCUUUGCCAUUGUGUCUGUCCCGUUGUCUGAGGUUCGAGAUCUAGACUUUGCCAAUGAUGCAAAUAAGGUGCUGGCGACCACAGUGAAAAAGCUGGAGAAUGGCACCAUCACUCAGAAUGAAAGGAGGUUUGUAACCAAAUUAUUGGAAGACCUCAUCUUCUUUGUUGCUGAUGUACUUAAUAAUGGACAAGAAGUUCUGGAUGUGGUUAUCACUAAGCCGAACCGAGAGCGUCAAAAAUUAAUGAGGGAACAAAACAUAUUGGCACAGGUAUUUGGGAUUCUGAAAGCGCCCUUUAAGGAGAAAGCAGGGGAGGGCGCCAUGUUGAGGCUUGAAGAUCUGGGGGACCAGAGAUACGCUCCCUACAAGUACAUGCUGCGGCUGUGCUACCGUGUGCUGAGACAUUCCCAGCAGGACUACCGCAAGAACCAGGAAUACAUUGCUAAGAAUUUCUGUGUCAUGCAGUCCCAGAUCGGCUAUGAUAUUCUGGCAGAAGACACCAUCACAGCUUUGUUGCACAACAACAGGAAACUACUAGAGAAACAUAUCACAGCAAAAGAAAUAGACACAUUUGUCAGUUUACUCAGGAGAAAUCGCGAGCCAAGAUUUUUGGACUACUUGUCAGAUCUGUGUGUGUCGAAUACCACGGCUAUACCUGUGACUCAAGAACUCAUCUGUAAAUUUAUGUUGAGCCCAGGGAAUGCAGACAUUCUUAUUCAAACUAAGCUGGUCUCAAUGCAAGUUGACAACCCUAUGGAGAGUGCCAUCCUUUCGGACGACGUUGAUGAUGAAGAAGUCUGGCUUUACUGGAUCGACAGCAAUAAGGAACCUCAUGGCAAAGCUAUCAGGCACCUGGCUCAAGAAGCCAAAGAAGGCACCAAAGUUGAUUUGGAAGUUCUUACCUAUUACAGGUACCAGCUGAACCUCUUUGCACGAAUGUGCUUGGAUCGCCAGUAUCUGGCCAUAAACCAGAUCUCCACGCAGCUAUCUGUUGAUCUGAUCCUGCGGUGUAUGUCAGAUGAGAGCUUGCCCUUUGACCUCCGGGCAUCUUUCUGUCGCCUCAUGCUCCAUAUGCAUGUCGACAGGGAUCCGCAGGAGUCAGUGGUACCUGUGCGCUACGCCAGACUCUGGACAGAGAUCCCCACAAAGAUCACAAUUCAUGAAUAUGAUUCUAUAACAGACUCUUCUAGAAAUGAUAUGAAGAGGAAAUUUGCACUGACAAUGGAAUUUGUUGAAGAAUAUUUGAAAGAAGUUGUAAAUCAGCCUUUUCCUUUUGGGGAUAAAGAAAAAAACAAACUGACAUUUGAGGUGGUCCACUUGGCUCGAAAUCUUAUAUACUUUGGAUUUUACAGUUUCAGUGAACUCUUAAGGCUAACAAGGACACUUCUGGCUAUCCUAGAUAUUGUACAGACCCCCAUGUCAUCGUAUUUUGAAAGAUUAAGCAAAUUUCAAGAUGGAGGAAACAACGUCAUGAGAACCAUCCAUGGGGUGGGAGAGAUGAUGACGCAGAUGGUGCUCAGCCGAGGCUCCAUCUUCCCCAUAAGUGUGCCUGACGUACCAGUCAGCAUCCACCCUAGCAAGCAAGGGAGCCCAGUGGAGCAGGAGGAUGUGACCGUCAUGGACACCAAGCUGAAGAUUAUCGAGAUUUUACAGUUCAUCCUGAGUGUUAGACUUGACUACAGGAUCUCAUAUAUGCUGUCCAUAUAUAAGAAGGAAUUUGGAGAAAAUAACGAAAGUGCCGAAAGCCCUGCCAGUGGCUCACCAGAUACCUCUCUGCCGUCAGCCAUUGUUCCUGAUAUCGAUGAAAUUGCAGCUCAGGCAGAAACUAUGUUUGCUGGAAGAAAGGAAAAAACUCCGGUUCAGCUGGAUGAUGAAGGAGGCAGGACAUUUUUGCGGGUCCUCAUCCACCUCAUCAUGCAUGACUACCCGCCUCUGCUGUCAGGGGCCCUGCAGCUGCUCUUCAAGCACUUCAGCCAGAGGGCUGAAGUCCUCCAGGCGUUUAAACAGGUGCAGCUGCUGGUGUCCAAUCAGGAUGUAGAUAACUACAAGCAAAUCAAGGCUGAUCUGGACCAGCUUCGACUGACUGUAGAAAAGUCCGAGUUAUGGGUUGAGAAGAGCAGUAGCUAUGAGAAUGGAGAAAUGGGUGACAGUCAAGUAAAGGGUGGAGAAGAGCCAAUAGAGGAAUCCAACAUUUUGAGUCCAGUGCAGGACGGAACAAAGAAACCUCAGAUUGACAGCAACAAAAGCAAUAAUUACCUGAUUGUGAAGGAGAUUUUGAUUAGGCUAAGUAAACUCUGUGUACAGAACAAGAAGUGUCGGAUUCAACACCAGCGACUGCUGAAAAAUAUGGGGGCUCAUUCCGUGGUGCUGGAUCUGCUGCAGAUCCCUUAUGAAAAGAAUGAUGAAAAGAUGAAUGAAGUGAUGCAUCUGGCCCAUACAUUCCUGCAGAAUUUCUGUCGUGGAAAUCCACAGAAUCAAGUUCUCCUUCAUAAACAUCUGAAUUUGUUUUUAACACCUGGUCUCCUGGAGGCCGAGACCAUGCGGCACAUCUUCAUGAACAAUUACCACCUGUGCAGCGAGAUCAGCGAGCGCGCCGUGCAGCACUUCGUGCGCUGCGUGGAGACGCACGGCCGCCACGUGGAGUACCUGCGAUUUCUGCAGACCAUCGUGAAGGCGGAUGGUAAAUACGUGAAGAAAUGCCAGGAUAUGGUGAUGACGGAGUUGAUCAAUGGGGGUGAAGAUGUGCUGAUAUUUUACAAUGAUCGAGCAUCGUUUCCCAUCCUGCGCCAUAUGAUGUGUUCAGAGAGAGACCGGGGGGAUGAGAGUGGCCCCUUAGCCUACCACAUCACACUUGUGGAGCUGCUGGCUGCAUGCACAGAGGGCAAGAAUGUCUACACUGAAAUCAAGUGCAACUCCCUGCUGCCCCUGGACGACAUAGUGAGGGUAGUGACCCACGAUGACUGCAUCCCCGAGGUUAAAAUUGCUUAUGUGAACUUCGUUAAUCAUUGCUAUGUCGAUACUGAAGUAGAAAUGAAAGAAAUCUACACAAGUAACCACAUUUGGAAAUUAUUUGAGAACUUCUUGGUGGACAUGGCAAGGGUGUGCAACACGACCACAGACAGGAAGCACGCCGACACCUCCCUGGAGAAGUGUGUCACCGAGUCGGUCAUGAGCAUUGUCAGCGGCUUCUUCAACUCCCCCUUCUCAGACAACAGCACCAGCCUCCAGACACACCAGCCAGUUUUUAUCCAGCUGUUGCAGUCUGCCUUCAGAAUCUACAACUGCACCUGGCCAAACCCAGCCCAGAAAGCCUCCGUGGAGUCCUGUAUCAGAACUCUGGCUGAAGUGGCAAAAAAUCGUGGAAUUGCCAUCCCCGUGGAUUUAGACAGCCAAGUGAACACUCUCUUCAUGAAGAGCCACUCAAAUAUGGUGCAGAGGGCGGCCAUGGGAUGGAGAUUGUCAGCUCGCUCUGGACCACGCUUUAAGGAAGCUCUUGGAGGGCCUGCUUGGGACUACAGAAAUAUCAUUGAAAAAUUACAGGACGUGGUUGCCUCCCUGGAGCAGCAGUUCAGCCCGAUGAUGCAGGCUGAGUUCUCAGUGCUGGUCGACGUGCUGUACAGUCCAGAGCUGCUGUUCCCCGAGGGGAGUGACGCGAGAAUACGAUGCGGAGCCUUCAUGUCCAAGUUGAUUAAUCAUACGAAGAAAUUAAUGGAAAAAGAAGAAAAGCUGUGCAUUAAAAUUCUUCAGACUUUGCGAGAAAUGCUGGAGAAGAAAGACAGCUUUGUGGAAGAGGGCAACACAUUAAGAAAAAUACUCCUGAAUCGAUACUUUAAAGGUGAUUAUGGAGUGGGUGUGAACGGACACCUCUCUGGAACCUACAGCAAGUGUCCCCAAGGAGGAGGAAGCUUUUCUGGACAAGAUACAGACAAGACGGGGACAUCACUGUCGGACAUUCAGUGUCUGCUGGAUAAGGAGGGUGCAUCUGAACUCGUCAUUGAUGUCAUAGUGAACACGAAAAAUGACAGAAUUUUUUCAGAAGGCAUUUUACUGGGUAUUGCCUUACUGGAAGGAGGAAACACACAGACUCAGUAUUCUUUCUACCAGCAGUUGCAUGAGCAAAAAAAGUCAGAAAAAUUCUUUAAAGUUCUUUAUGACCGAAUGAAGGCUGCUCAGAAAGAGAUAAGAUCAACAGUGACAGUGAAUACUAUAGACUUAGGGAACAAAAAGAGAGAUGAUGACAACGAGUUGAUGACAUCCAGCCCACGAUUGAGGGUAAGAGAGUCAACUUUACAUUUAAAAGAGGGAAUGAAAGGCCAAUUAACAGAAGCUUCUUCAGCAACAUCCAAAGCAUACUGCGUGUACAGAAGAGAAAUGGAUCCAGAAGUGGACAUCAUGUACGCGGGGGCAGAAGCGGGGAAUGCUGAAGACAGGUCUGCUGAGGAGGUGACCAUGAGCCCAGCCAUCACCAUCAUGCAGCCCAUACUGAGGUUCCUGCAGUUACUGUGCGAGAAUCACAACCGGGAGCUGCAGAACUUCUUGAGGAAUCAGAACAACAAAACAAAUUACAACCUCGUCUGUGAGACCCUUCAGUUUUUGGAUUGCAUUUGUGGGAGUACAACGGGGGGCCUGGGCCUAUUGGGUCUCUACAUCAACGAGAAGAACGUUGUGCUGGUCAACCAGACCCUGGAGAGCCUGACUGAGUAUUGCCAGGGCCCGUGCCAUGAAAAUCAGACUUGUAUUGCUACUCAUGAAUCAAAUGGGAUUGACAUCAUCAUUGCUUUAAUUCUAAAUGACAUCAACCCUCUUGGUAAAUACCGGAUGGACCUGGUGCUUCAACUAAAGAACAACGCUUCCAAGCUCUUGCUGGCCAUCAUGGAAAGCAGACACGACAGUGAGAAUGCAGAGAGAAUUCUUUUUAACAUGAGACCCCGGGAACUGGUGGAUGUGAUGAAGAACGCCUAUAACCAAGGACUGGAAUGCGAUCACGGGGAUGAUGAGGGCGGAGAUGAUGGUGUUUCCCCUAAAGAUGUCGGACACAAUAUCUAUAUUCUUGCCCAUCAGUUGGCCCGUCACAACAAACUAUUACAGCAGAUGCUUAAACCAGGAUCAGAUCCAGACGAUGGCGAUGAAGCCCUGAAGCAUUAUGCCAACCACACGGCCCAAAUCGAGAUUGUGCGGCACGACAGGACCAUGGAACAAAUUGUUUUUCCUGUCCCCAAUAUAUGUGAAUACCUUACACGAGAGUCUAAGUGCCGUGUGUUCAACACAACCGAGAGGGAUGAGCAAGGAAGCAAAGUGAAUGACUUUUUCCAGCAAACAGAAGAUCUCUACAGUGAAAUGAAGUGGCAGAAGAAAAUCAGGAAUAACCCAGCACUGUUCUGGUUCUCGAGGCACAUAUCGCUCUGGGGAAGCAUCUCCUUCAACCUGGCUGUGCUCAUCAACUUAGCUGUCGCUCUCUUCUACCCGUUCGGGGAUGAUGGAGAUGAAGGUACACUUUCUCCGUUGUUCUCAGUUCUUCUUUGGAUAGCAGUUGCAAUCUGCACAUCUAUGCUGUUUUUCUUCUCCAAGCCUGUGGGUAUUCAGCCAUUCCUUCUGUCUGUGAUGCUCAGGUCCAUAUACACCAUAGGCCUCGGACCAACGUUAAUCCUCCUGGGUGCAGCUAAUUUUUGUAAUAAAAUAGUAUUCCUGGUGAGUUUUGUUGGGAACCGUGGCACGUUCACCCGAGGGUACCGAGCGGUCAUCCUGGACGUGGCCUUUCUCUACCACGUGGCCUAUGUCCUGGUUUGCAUGCUGGGUCUCUUUGUCCAUGAAUUCUUCUAUAGCUUCCUGCUUUUUGACUUGGUGUACAGAGAAGAGACUUUACUCAAUGUCAUCAAAAGCGUCACCCGCAAUGGCCGCUCCAUCAUCCUCACCGCGGUGCUCGCGCUCAUCCUGGUCUACCUGUUUUCCAUCAUUGGGUUCCUUUUCCUGAAGGAUGACUUCACGAUGGAAGUGGAUCGGCUGAAAAACAGAACCCCUGCAGCAGGCAGUCCCGGCGUCCCUACCACGAUGCUGACUUCAGUGAUGGACACGUGUAUGAAGGAGAACUGCUCGCCCACCAUCCCUGCUCCAGACUCAGCAGAUGGAGAGUAUGAAGACGGCAUUGAGAGGACCUGUGACACCCUUCUCAUGUGCAUUGUCACCGUCCUGAACCAGGGUCUCAGGAACGGGGGCGGCGUGGGCGACGUGCUCAGGAGACCAUCGAAAGACGAGCCCUUGUUUGCAGCCCGAGUGGUAUAUGACCUUCUAUUUUAUUUCAUUGUUAUCAUUAUCGUCCUCAACUUGAUUUUUGGUGUUAUCAUUGAUACUUUUGCUGAUCUCAGAAGUGAAAAACAGAAGAAAGAAGAAAUUCUAAAGACAACUUGCUUCAUCUGUGGACUCGAGAGGGACAAGUUCGAUAAUAAAACUGUUUCAUUUGAGGAGCACAUCAAGUCAGAACACAAUAUGUGGCACUAUCUGUACUUCCUCGUCCUGGUGAAGGUCAAAGACCCGACUGAGUACACUGGGCCCGAGAGCUACGUGGCUCAGAUGAUUGUGGAGAAGAAUUUGGACUGGUUCCCUCGAAUGAGAGCCAUGUCCCUUGUCAGCAACGAAGGUGACAAUGAGCAAAAUGAGAUUCGGAACCUGCAGGAGAAGCUGGAGUCAACCAUGAGUCUGGUCAAACAGCUGUCAGGGCAGCUGGCAGAGCUGAAGGAGCAGAUGACAGAACAAAGGAAGAAUAAGCAGAGACUGGGCUUUCUGGGGUCAAACACACCCCAUGUGAAUCAUCACAUGCCACCACACUGAGACCCUGGGGGGGAAGCCGUGACGAGCCUCUCAGCAGUGUCCUGCCCGCUCGCUGAAUAAAGAGCUGAGAUGGAGGGAGUGAACAGCGCCUAUUGUUGGAAAGCUAAAAACAACCCAGCACCAAGAUGUCAAGUGGUUUCGCUCUGAGAACAAUCUAUAACUGUGCUUUCAUGCCUGAGAAGUCCACGCUCAGAAUGCAGCCUCUAGGAAGCACACCCGCGCUGCCGACCAAGGCCAGCCACCCUAGAACGCACUCAGGUGGAGCACAGGCCACGCAGGCAACUCCCCACCUUCUGUUAAAUGCAUGAGUCAGUUUUGUCUCCCAGGCUGACGGCAACCUUUGUCAUGGCUGGGGUAGAAUUUCUUUUAAUUAUGGCAUAUGGGUUAGUGACCCAGGCACUCCUACUUGGGUGACUGUUUCAGAAAAUAACUGAAAAUGAGAGUUGCAAUGAAAACUCUUAAUGCUUCCAAACUAGCUGUGGCCGGCAGCAUCCUCCUUGGUCACUUGCAUUGCCAGGGAGUCGCAGUUCUGGGAACUAGUGCCUGGAGCCUCAGCCCCUCCCACUAACAAGAUGACUGGAAUGUGAUUGCUGUCCCCCGAUUCAGAAGGAUGUGUCCAUGUACUUUGGUCAAAACAGGUUCUAGUAAUGUCUAGGCUAAGAUUUCAAAAGCUUCAGGGCAGAAAAAGUUGGCAGUAGGCCUUAAGGAAGAAUUUUUAAGAACGUAUGUAUGCUAUUAAAAUAUUUGGAGAUUAAUAAAAGAAAACUCUUAAAGGUGACAGAAAUAUUGAGAAGCUGGUGAUGAUAGCAUUGCCUUUUAUCAGUAUGGAGUUUUAUCAAUAUCAAUAUUUGAUAAAUGGAUAUAUUAAUCAACAUCAAUGCAGGUUUGCUGUGCUUAAGAAACAGAAUGGUUUUAUUUAUCUAACUCUUCCUGCAGUCAGGAAAUGAAAAUCCAGGAAAUUUAUUGAAUACCCAAUAAAAUGCCAUACAUUGCAAACUGUGUAAGAACUUUUAGGAAUGUAAAAAAAAUAAUUAUCUCCUCCCCAAAUUGUUAAGUUAUUCCACCAGAAUCUGUGGAGGGGGAAAUGACCUGCCAUGCUCCUAUUGUCCUUAGAGACAGAACUCGGGGCAGGACUGUGGGCCUCUGCAUCGAGAGGAGCAGACACAAUACCUGCCUCCUGGAAGUCACUUUGGAAAAGUGACCGUCUGUUAUGUGCCCCCACCAGCACAGAAAGAUGCCUCCAGAGACUGAAACUCUCCAAUUAUUGCUACCAUGGUUUAAGGUUCCCUUUUAAAAUGUUUGGGUUGCUUUCAUGUAGUUUAGGCUUUUGGCUCCUAAAAUUCUCACAUCGUGGUCCAGGUAGAAUAUAGAAGGAUCUGUUCAAGCAUCCUUCUUCACACAUCCAUAAAAUGCAGGCUCAGAGCCAAGUAGUGAAAGUGUGAUGGAUUUUGUAAAUGAAUCUGGUGGUACCCCUUCCCCCACCUCGCAUCCCCCCCAACCUAAAAAUUCCUCACUCUGACUUCAUAGCACCGAAGAACUGUGCUCCAGAUUGAAGUAGACCAAAGCCACCAUUCUUUAAAUGCAAGACCAUCACUGUCGUGAACAGUACUAGAUGAAAAGUCCACUUCCAGAUGAUUUCACAGGGCAGAGAGUUUUGGCAGGUAGGGAAGAGAAGAGAAAGGGGAGAAAUGCACCAUACUCGAGUAUAGGAAACUAUCUUGGAUUCAGCACAAAUACAAUCUUUCUGACAUCUGAACAUUGAGAAUACGCUGAUGUGUACAAAUGUGAGCGACCUGUUUUUUCAGAUAAUGAACUCUUGUCCUUCAGACGUUCCUCAUCCUGUUGUGCAGGGAAUAUGCCAUUGAGGAGCUAGGACUCUAUCAAUGCCUGGCCUGACCCCUCCACCGGGCCGUGGCAGCUGGCCAUUGCACAGAAUGUUUUCUUCUCUCCAAAAGAAAGAGCAACUAACAAAACUCUUAUUUGAUCAGAAUUGAAAUAUUUCUCCUGUGUUUUUCUUUCCUGCCUAAAUACUUCACAGAUGAUCAAGCAAAAUAAAAAACAGGCAAAUAAAAAAAAAGGCACUUUCCAGACUACUAUAUUCAUGACAGAGAAGAUAAUAAUGGGGCAAGUUGAUGUUUGGUAUAAAUUUGUGUUUGCUGUGUAUAUGUUUGUUAAUGCAACUGGAAUAUGUGACCUAGGUAUUAAUUAGCAUUCUUAUAUUUAUAUAGUGAUAUUAAAAUAAGUACAAUCAUCUUUGAUUUUGAUGCUAAGGGAAAUGUUUUCCUACUUUGUUAUUAAAAUCCAUAUUGGUUUAAAAGUAUCAGUUUCUGCUGAAUAUAGUUUUUAGUUUUUAUUCCUCUCCAAGGCCCAUUCUGAAGCCCAAAAGCAUAAUGCAAGUUAUUUUUCCUAAAUUAAAAGAUCAUUUUUAGAUGAGCAAACAUUUGUAUCAUAAAAGAUUAACAUGAAUAAACUGCUUAUAUGUAAAACUUACCAUAUUUUCCACCUUUAAAAAGUUAGUUUAGAAAAGGGCUUAUUUUCUUGCAUAUUGAAACUUUUGGUGACAGGAAUGCAGCAGCUAGUAAUUUCUGCAGUAAGAUCAGGAAGGUAUUCAAGUGAGAACUGAUUUCAUGCUUAUGUCCAUAUUCUCAGCUCACAGCUCAUUGGCCAUUGCACAGAAUGUUUGCAGAAUAUCAGCUACUCUUCAUUCUACAGCUGUUUUAUUACAAAUAGUAAUGAGUGAGUCACAUCCCCGGGAUGAGAAUAAGCAGAGAGCCUGGGACCUGGGGUCUUGGUGAGGGAAAGGAAGAUUGGAAUACACUACAUUUAGAGGAAGCAGGUGUGAAGAAUAAGAAAAAGUGGGGCUCACCCUCCAGGGGCGCAGCACACUGGUACCUAAGUAAGCAAACACUGUACUGCAUACUUAUGGUACCACUCACAGGCUCAAAAGAUAGCCCUGUGAGAGACCUGUGCUUGGUGGAGGAGCAGCUAUGCAGGUGUUCAAUCUACACAGAAGAAAGAGGCUUGCCUGUGCUGGUAGGUUGUGACACAUGACACAAUGCAAACCACAGAAGUGCAAGCAUCUUCAACACACACAAGUGUCAUGCACUGAAAUGCAUGAAAUUGAGAGUUGUGCCCUAUGUAAAGAGUGGCGAGGAGAGAAUGAUCUUUCUAUUUAUGAAAUUGGACAACUCCUGGGCCUCCCUGGUGGCGCAGGUGGUUGAGUGCAGUGCUGUGAAGCUGUCCGCAGCCUCUGCAGUGCUGGUUCCCUCCCCACCGGCCUCGGAGCAACCCACAUGGUGAGCAGACCUUUCCUGUCUCGCCCGCUGCUCCCCUCACCAGUGUAUUUCAUCAGUCUGCCUGUUCUGUUCCCCGCUCUGUCUCUGGUGAAUCCUCUCAUGCUCCAGUGCAUCUGGUCUGUACCCCGACUCUUGUAUAAAUAAAAUA